ACGUGGGAGCACAGCGUGCUCCAUUCUUUGUGCUGGGUGAGAAGGAUUCCGGCUGAGCUCGAGCAGGCAGGGCGGUAAAAAUACAGCUUCGCUGGGCGACGUGGUGCCGGAGGGCGUUCGUUACAGUUAUGCCGAAGCGUGGGAAAAAGGCAGCGGUGGCAGAAGACGGGGAAGAGCCCAAGACUGAGCCAGAGGCCAAGAAGAGUAAGGCGGGAACGGGAGCAAAGAAAAAAGAAAAAGAGGCAGCAGCAGGAGAGGGGUCAGUCCUGUAUGAGGACCCCCCAGAUCAGAAAACCUCGCCCAGUGGCAAAUCCGCCACCCUCAAGAUCUGUUCCUGGAAUGUGGAUGGGCUUCGAGCCUGGAUUAAGAAGAAAGGUUUAGAUUGGGUAAAGGAAGAAGCCCCAGAUAUUCUGUGCUUGCAAGAGACCAAAUGUUCAGAGAAUAAACUACCAGCUGAACUUCAAGAGCUGUCUGGACUAUCCCAUCAGUACUGGUCUGCUCCUUCAGACAAGGAAGGGUACAGUGGCGUGGGCCUACUCUCUCGCCAUUGCCCACUCAAGGUCUCCUAUGGCAUUGGUGAGGAGGAACAUGAUCAGGAAGGCCGAGUGAUUGUGGCUGAAUAUGACACAUUUGUGCUGGUAACAGCCUAUGUACCUAAUGCAGGCCGAGGUCUGGUGCGCCUGGAGUACCGACAGCGUUGGGAUGAAGCCUUUCGCAAGUUCCUGAAGGGCUUGGCUUCCCGCAAGCCCCUUGUGCUAUGUGGGGACCUCAAUGUGGCUCAUGAAGAAAUUGACCUUCGCAACCCCAAAGGAAACAAAAAGAAUGCUGGCUUCACUCCACAAGAGCGACAAGGCUUUGGGGAAUUGCUGCAGGCUGUGCCACUGGCUGACAGUUUUCGGCACCUCUACCCAAACACGGCCUAUGCCUAUACCUUUUGGACCUACAUGAUGAAUGCUCGAUCCAAAAACGUUGGUUGGCGCCUUGAUUACUUUUUGGUGUCUCACUCUCUGUUACCUGCAUUGUGUGACAGCAAGAUCCGUUCCAAGGCCCUGGGCAGUGACCAUUGUCCCAUCACCCUAUACCUAGCACUGUGAUACCUCCCCCAAAUCAUUUUAAGCCUGGGAAAUAAGCCCCCUAAACUAGCUUUAAAACUUCUUUGCUUUCUAGAGAAUUCUGCAUUGUAUUUCCCUUGUAAAAAUACGAAUCCUUCAACCAGGCUCCCAAUGAGAUGGGUUUCAAGUCCCAAGGUUUUAUUUUUGUGUGUGUGGAGGGUUUUUUCCCUUUUUUACAUUAAAAGCUACUGACAACUUCUUUUGAACUGUCCAUGUGAAAAUAAAGAGCCAUAGUUUCAG